AUGGCUUUCAGUGGGAUAGGGAGAUUUUGGGACACCCAGAAGAAGGGGAAUCAUUUGAAAUACGGCCAACAGGCUGGGAUGAAGACCUGUACUAUGACUGAAACUUCUUUCCUCGAAAAGAUUUCGGCCUACAUGGCUGAGAACAAAAGACAAGCGGCUCUCGAAGCCGAGAUAACAAACAUGGCUAACAAAGCCACAUAUGGUGAAAUCUAUAAUACAGGACCGGGGGAGUUCUCUAAACCAAAACCCCUUGACGAACAAGUACCUGUGGAACCAACAGAACAGAGGUUAGACGCCAUCUACGACGAAGAGCCUCUGGGAUUUGAAAAAGAUCCAGUAAUGUCAAGUGCAAAGAUGUUAGCGCAAAAUCCUCUCGAAGAGAUUGAUCUUGGAAAUGGAAGUGCAAAAAGAAUUACCUACAUCAGCGCUAAACUGGACCCCAAGUUGAAAGUGAGAGUUAUUGAAUUGCUAAGAAAAAACAAAGAUUGCUUCGCUUGGGAUUACGACGAGAUGCCUGGUUUGAAGAGGGACUUGGUCGAAUUAAAGCUGCCUAUCAAGGAUGGCAAGAAGCCCAUCAAGCAGACUCCAAGAAGAUUCGCCCCAGAAAUCCUCUCAAAGAUCAAAAAAGAGGUCAAAAGACUUCUCCGUUGCAAUUUCAUCAGGACCACAAGGUAUGUCGAUUGGAUUGCAAAUAUAGUCCCUGUUAUCAAGAAAAAUGGCUCUUUGCGAGUAUGUAUAGAUUUUCGUGAUCUAAAUGCAGCAACUCCUAAAGAUGAGUAUCCAAUGCCUGUGGCAAAGAUGCUGGUUGACUCAGCCGCAGGCUAUGAAUAUCUCAGCAUUUUCAUUGCAGAAGAAGAUGUUUCUAAAAUAGCUUUUCGAUGUCCAGGGGCAAUAGGCACUUAUGAGUGGAUAGUUAUGCCUUUUGGCCUAAAAAACGCUGGGGCAACAUACCAGCGAGCAAUGAAUUCUAUAUUCCAUGAUUAUAUAGAGACAUUUAUGCAAGUGUACAUAGAUGACAUUGUGAUAAAAUCUACGUCAGAUGAAGAUCAUCUAACCCAUCUCAGCCAAUCAUUCGAAAGAAUGAAAAAACAUGGCUUAAAAAUGAAUCCUCUUAAGUGUGCAUUCUUUGUGCAGGCUGGAGAUUUUCUGGGCUUUGUGGUCCACAAAAAGGGGAUAGAAAUCAAUCAGAACAAGACGAAGGCUAUUAUGGAGACCAGAGCACCAUCAACCAAAAAAGAAUUGCAAUCAUUAUUAGGAAAUAUAAACUUCCUAAGAAGAUUCAUUUCGAAUUUAAGUGGUCGAACUCAAGCCUUCUCUCCCCUUCUGCGCCUGAAACAAGGGAAGUUCGAAUGGAAUGACGAACAUCAAAAGUCAUUCAACAAGAUCAAACAUUAUCUGACAAACCCUCCUAUCUUAGCACCACCAUGUGGAAAGAAGCCUAUGAGACUGGCAAUGAAGGGACAAAUAGUAUCAGAAUUUAUUGUAGACCAUGCAGUGGUCGAAAAUCCUCAACUUCAAGUUGAGUUGAAACCUUGGAAAUUAUUCUUCGACGGUUCCACUCAUAAGGAUGGAAGUGGGGUUGGGAUAAUGUUACUCAAAAAAUUCGAAUACAUCGACAUAAAACAUGUCCCUAGAAUAAAAAACCAAGAGGCUAAUGACUUAGCACAAAUAGCUUCAGGGUAUAGAAUUUCAAAAGAGAAGCUAGAAGAACUUGUCGAAGUAAGAGGAAAGGCAAUGGCUGCCAGAUUGUCUCCGACAGAUUUGGAAAGCACCCAGUUAGGAUAUGCUAACAAAGAGGAGUUUGAAGUAUUGGCCAUUGAUACCUUAAUAGAUACAGAUUGGAGGAAUCCAAUUAUUAAUUAUCUUAAGGACCGUUCGACAGAUACAGAAAGAAAAACCAAGUACAUGGCUUUAUCUUAUGUGUUGAUAGGGAAUGAAUUAUUCAAGAAAACCCCUGAAGGGAUCCUGUUGAAAUGCUUAGGAGAAAGUGAAGCUUACUUAGCAUUAUCUAGUGUACAUAGUAGAGCUUGUGGAGCACACCAGACAGGCCAUAAGAUGAAAUGGUUGCUUUUCAGAUAUGGAAUGUAUUGGCCCACCAUGUUAAAAGAUUGUAUAGAAUUUGCUAAGGGUUGCCAAGAAUGUCAAAUACAUGCAGGAAUUCAACAUGCUCCUGCAAGGAAAAAGCCAAAAAAUUGGCACAAAACUUUAGACCAAGCACUAUGGGCUUGUCGAACCUCCCCUAAAGAAGCCACUAACACUACCCCUUUCCAGCUUACAUUUGGACAUGAUGCAGUACUACCUAUCGAAGUCUACUUGCAAUCAGUGAGAAUCCAAAGACAAGGAGAAAUUCCAUCUGACUUAUACUGGGAAAUGAUGAUGAAUGAGCUGGUGGAUUUGGACGAAGAAAGGUUGCAUGCGUUAGAAGUAUUAAGAAGACAGAAGGAGAGGGUAGCAAGGGCAUACAAUAAGAGGGUCAAAGGUAAAACCUUCACUAUGAAUGAUUUAGUUUGUGAAGUUAUAUUACCUAUGGAUCGAAAGAAUAAGGCAUUAGGAAAAUGGUCUCCACAUUGGGAAGGACCUUUUCGAAUUUUAAAAGCCUUUUCAAACAAUGCAUAUGAAAUAGAAGAACUAACAGAGGAUCGAAGAAUCCUAAAAGUAAAUGGAAAAUACUUAAAGAAGUAUAAACCAUUUAUGCACGAAGUUAGAAUCAUAACAGCAUAG